AUGGCACCAAAGCCACCACAGAUCGACACAUUUCAGACACCUGCCCGCAACGUCAGUGGAAGACUGUCGCAGGAGACCACUCCAGUGCUCAAGCCCACCAGUGCGACGUCCCAGCGAUCCGGAGGCCAGUCACCAGUCGUGCAGUCACCUGAGACUGUCGCGGGCGGAGGAGGUGCGAGUCCAGUGCCCGCGCUGCACAUCGGUGACACCAUCCACAGCGAGAACUUCCUCUCUGUGUCCGACCCAAACAUACUGUCGUCAAGCGAAUACGUCAACCACCACAAUCAAGGCCUGCUCUUCCAAUACCUGAGUCGUCAGACAGCCGUGAUUGAGAUGUUGGCGACAUCUAAGCGGGGCGCUGCGGACACAGGAAGUAAAUUGGGACAGUUCACGUCGGAUGAGGUCACGACCAGCCAGAAGAUCAUGAGCGAGAACAAAGACCUCAUCAAGAGCGUCCUCACGCGUUAUGGCAAUGACCUGAAGCCAACCAAGUUGACCAGCAAGGCCGGCGAGAAGCUUUCGAAGCAGGCGGUUGAGUUCAAAGCCCGUCUGAUCACGGCAGCCGCGGAAGGAGACGACGAGGAUACGGCGGACCGCGUCGAGCAGCUCAUGAACAAGUUGUCCGAGACCGGUGUUCGUGUCUUCUUCAGCAACAUGGUCAAUUUGUUCCUCCCAGGCGCCACCACUAGGACAGCUGGAGGUGCAGCUGCCGUAGGCUCGGGCACCACGGACACGUACAACGCCGAAGACCAAGCGAUCGUCGACUUCCUGAUGAGCAUGCCGACCAAAUCAGUCCUCGUGGACCAGUUCAACGCCUUCACUGGCAACUUCGCCGCUGAUGAGAAGCCGACCACUACGAAGACCAAGGGUCGUCCACAAGCCAAGAAGUUAAUCGGCGCAAUCCGUGCCAACGGCGAUGAUGAGAACGACGACGACGACGACGACGAGAAUGUCAGCCUCAAGCACAUCGCGGAUCAGAUGGCAAAGAUGACGCUGGAUGGCUUGUUCGCAUUGUGGGUCUCCCUGGUGAAGGGUCAGACGACCGGAGCAGGCGGUGGCUCCACAGCCAGCGGAAGCGGAACAGCCAGCCAGGCCAAAGGCACCAAGAAGCGUCCAGCGGAGGAAGACGUCGACGACAACGAAGACGAGCUCGCCCAGGGGACUGCUGCUGGCACUGGCAAUCCGGUGACGGGCAGGGCAAAGUCUCCGGUCAAGAAGCCGCGCCGCGGCGGUCGUUGA